AUGAGGCAAUACCUAACCUUUGUGUUAGUACGAGCACUACAAAUGGCGACGAGGCUAAAGAUGUGGCAGUUCUUACUCUUACUGGGGUCAGCGUGCUUGGCCAGCGCCGCAGACCUUCCGCCUACAUGCAGCAGACCCGUAUACUGUGACAGCAAGCUUCUCCACCACGUCCAAUUAGCGAAGAUCUUUAAUGACUCCAAGACCUUCGUCGACCUCGAAAUGAACUAUGAUCAAAAUAAAACUCUAGAAGACUUCGAUCGAUUACUUAAUGAAACAAAUCAAAAACCUUCAAGAGAACAGAUUAAAAAUUUCGUUGACAAAUACUUUACCAGCGAAGGCCAGCUCGAGGAUUGGGUGCCAUCGGACUUUAGUACAAACCCUAAAUUUAUUUCAAAUAUCAAAGAUAGGCAAUUGAGGCAGUUUGGCCUUGACAUAAACAACAUUUGGCCUAUUAUCUCCAGGAAGGUCAAGGACGAAGUCUUCGAGAAACCCGAGCAAUUCAGUUUGAUUCCUAUUAAAAAUGGUUUUAUUGUACCUGGUGGGCGAUUUCAAGAAAUAUAUUAUUGGGACACUUACUGGAUUGUAGAAGGAUUGCUUGUAAGUGGAAUGGUAAAUACCGUCAAAGGAGUGAUUGAAAAUCUCAUAGACCUUUUAAAUCGGAUCGGUCACAUUCCAAAUGGAAGCAGGUGGUAUUACCAAGAACGUAGUCAGCCUCCCCUGUUAUCUGCUAUGAUGGCCAUUUAUUAUAAAUAUACCAAUGAUACUGAAUUUAUUAAAGAUAAUAUUGAAUCUUUAGAAAAAGAGAUUUCAUAUUUCCUGGAUAACAAGUUGAUUUCCGUCACUAAAGAUAAUACAGACUAUAACCUAUUACGUUAUAAUGCUCCCAGUAAGGGACCACGGCCAGAAUCUUUUCGUGAAGAUUACGAAGCAGCUCAAAAACUUGAUGAGAGUGAACGUACUGAUUUUUUUAUCGAAUUAAAAAGCGCAGCAGAGAGCGGCUGGGACUUUUCCUCGAGGUGGUUUAUCAGCGAGGACGGAAGUAAUGAAGGCAGCUUGACUGAUAUUAAAAUAAGGAACAUAGUGCCUGUCGAUUUAAAUGCUAUCUUCACUGGAGUUCUCCAAAACACCGCAAAUUUCCAUGGGUUGUUGGGUAACACGCGGAAGGCCGCCCGAUACGCAGAACUUGCUGAGCAAUGGCGGACGGCAAUUCAAGCGGUGCUAUGGAACGAAAAGGAAGGAAUCUGGUUUGAUUAUGAUAUCAAGUCUAAAUUACAUCGCAAAUACUUCUAUCCGUCAAACUUUGCACCACUUUGGCAGGGAGCUGUUCGCCAUGAACUUGUUAUACUGAAUGGGCCAAGGGUCGUUCGUUAUCUACAAGAUUCGGGUGCACUCAAAUUCCCAGGAAGUAUCCCUACGUCUCUAGAUAAUACCGGAGAACAGUGGGAUUUUCCUAACGUAUGGCCUCCUACGGUCAGCAUUGUCGUAAAUGCUUUAGAGGCUAUAAACACCAAGAAGUCUCAGCAAUUAGCAGUUCAAGUGGCGCAAAAGUUUGUCAGAUCUUGCCAGAAAGGGUUUUCGCAAUACAAGCAGAUGUUCGAGAAGUAUAAUGCAGAGAGACCUGGAGAAUAUGGAGGUGGCGGGGAGUACACUGUUCAAAUCGGCUUCGGUUGGUCCAAUGGUGUUGUGUUGGAAUUUUUGUCUAAGUAUGUAUUAUAUAUUCGUCAAGUUGUUCGUUCAUCACAUUUUAAAUGUGAAGUUUCAGGGAUAGGUACUACAAUAUUGUAG